UGUCUAUUGGCGCAUUUGAACAGAAGGCGAAACAUUUGUCGUUUCGUUAAGCCACCCUAUAGAUGGAUAUAGUUUGUAGCACAAAUACAAGACAAUGAGCAUUGUUCUCUUAAAACUGGGAACUAUUUUGGCCCAUCAGUUCACCAAACCUUUCGCUUACUAUCUGACAGAAAAAGCGAAGAGGUCCAGAUUGUUUCGGAAUUAUGUCUGCCUACCUUCGGCACGUAUAUUCCAUUGGGGCGAAGUAAAAGCAAAAAUGUGGAUGCUAAGUUUAGGAACGGCAGUACAAAUUCCGAUCAGAAAUGAAAAAAUGGCAACUGAAUUAGGUGCCAAUUUGUUUGCAGAAAUUAUAGUCUUCGGUACCAUUUCAUCGAUAGUUAUAAAUGAAUACGUUCGGACCAGAAAGAAAGAUGCUAAAAAAGAAGCUAGAAGAAAGCAGAUAAUUGUGGAUUUAAAACAGAAAUUAGAAGAACUUUCGACACAAGUACAACAUCACCAGGGCCAGUUAGAGGAGUUAUUAAAAUUGUAUCAAGAUGGAUGAGUAUGUAAUCAAUUCAUGGUUAUCCAACAAAAUUCAAAUGCUCAUAUGUGUAUUAACAAU